UUGUUUGAGCUUGCAUGGAAGACUUGGGGACGAUCCUAGCCUCAACCCCUCGUUUUGAUAUGUUUUGAUUGUGUGAAUUUAGAGUGCUCUUUGUUUUCAUGUUUGGUGCCUGAUGUGGAAAAAGAGUGUCUUUUUGCGAGAGUGAGUCGCGUAGCUCUUUUUGAGGUUCAAGGACUUCUAUAGAGCGUUGUUUUGAGGUGCAAGUCUCGGGUGCAUCACGACCAAAUCGAUGGUUUCGGUCGGGUCUGUGACCUGGUGGGUUCAGAAUGGCAAGAUGUUCUUGAUCACCUUCUGAGAUUUUGUCCAUCACUGACUCACAUUCAGAAGAGAAACCUUCGAGUUUGGUCACACCAUCACGGCAGUGGUGUUCAUCUUUUUACAAUUUGUUCCAAUCACUCCACUGGGACGUCGCCCUGCGCGCAAUUGGGCAACGCCCGCCCAAGUGUGCGCAAAGUCGGUCUGUUGGGGAGAAAAACAUAGCGAUUCUCAUGUUGUAGAAGCGGUCGGGGGCACGACUGUGGCAGAUUGAAACACUCGAAAUUGAAAAGACAUGGGCCAUUUGGCUCAGCAUGCGUCCCUUGGAUCACUGAUCAUGUGGUCAUGGCAGACUUCCUUGCCGUAGUGCCAAAGGUACAACCCAAGGAACCACUGUCAGCUUGGGACCAUGAUGCCCAACCGAGGACCUCAACCAUGUCCGGAACGAGUGGAAUAGGCUCUGCGAGCCACUCGCCCACUGCAAGUCCAAGGAUUGCCCAAAGUUCUCGGGAUGACGUGGUCGAGUGCCAAGUCCGAACAUUGUCCGACUCUGAUUUGGCGCUUUUGAUGCCACAAGUGCUCGGCCACCCUAGACCGGAAGCUAUCCGGAUCAGUGACCAAAAGGACAACAUGCUAUCUGUCCCUGGUAGUGUCAUUCUGAAGAUCUCGGAAGAGGACGAAGCUUCAGAUGAGCACAGCGAGCAGAGUCACCAGACGGGUCCGAUGACCAGAGUCACCAGGUCCGCGCCGAUGCAGCACCUGAGCCCAAAGCCGAUUUCGGCUGGCCCCGCUGCGGAUGUGAACAUCCCCGAAGUGAAGCUAUCUGGUCUCAUGCCUUCAUAUGGAGCUAGUGCACGCUCACUGGGAACCUGGGGGCAGAGGCAAAUCAGCCACAACUCACAGCUAGCCUCACCGGUGGGAACUUUAGGGCAAAGGCAAAUCAGCCACAACUCGCAGAUCCGAACGAGCACCUAUGCGGUGUCCAAGACUCUGAAGAGCAAAGCAGAUUCCAGUGACAGGAUCAGCUUUCAAGAAGGAGUUGAGCCUUCAAUGCAAAUGUAUUUGGCGGACCAUUGUAUAGAUGGUCUUGGUUCAGCUUCGCGUUGGAAGACUUCCCUGACCGUGAUGAUUGGCACCCUGUUGCUCCUGCCCAUCCUCUCCUUUUCCGUCCUACUGGUGCCAUUGGCUCCACCUGAAAAAGGCUUCCAUGCAAAUUGGGUCUUCAACUAUCUGGUGCACCCGGUGCUCAAUUACGUGGUGUGCCGUGCAGAGUUAGAGGUUGGCAUCCGACGCCCACUGGCAGUCUGGGACCGACAGCGUGUGUGCUGGAUCGUGCAGUGGGUUCCACUCGUGGGCUGCUUGGCGUGUCUUUUCAUCCACUUUGUGGGGAGCCUAUUCGGUAUCUAUCCGAUGCCUUUUGCUGUCUCCACCAGUUGCAUCCCAAGUGCCUGGGUGACCUUGUAUGUGGCCAGUUACUUAGUCCCAGAAGAUCUUCUAACCGCUGAUUUACGGGCUUUCGUUCGCUUUGCAUAUAUGGAACUGCUAUUCUGGGCCUUGCAAUUUGCAGUGCUGCUGGUAUGGCUCCUCAUUUUUCCCAUCCUCUCAGUGCCGUUCCAAUUGCUCAGCAGUGUCGCCGUCACGGGAAUGUUGACUGGAGCUGGAUGGGCAGUCAACAAGAUAGGCCGCAGAUACCUUGGAGUGCCAGAGUACAUCACUGAAGAAGCAAAGGUCUUUAUUCUCUUCAUCGCGUUUCUCUUCUCCGCCGCCCUGUUGUCCAGCGCCAAAAACGGGCUGGUUCUUGGUGUGAUGCUCAUCCUGGACGCAGGAAAAGCUUUGGCAAUUGCUUUGAAAACCUGCCAUUGUCUUAUUAACCUUCUCAAAGAGCAGAAGACGGUGGAGGUCCAGGAAGUCGAAUCAGCUACAAACCAGAGUGGGAUUUCGAUGAUUUGGACUCAUUGCCGUGCUUUACCAUGUCGCAUGAAAGAGAAGUGGCGACUGGCAUGGCAACUUCGGAGUCAACUCAAAGAGAUCCUGUCUGACUUGGCGGGAAAAACGCGAGAGAGCCUUCAAGAAAGCGAGAUCAAUGUGUUGGAGGCGCAGCUCAUCAACGAGUUUGCACGGCAUAUCAAGCUGUUAGCUCUUGUUGAGCUUUGUGAGAUAGCAGUUCCGUUGAUGUACAUGCUGGUGAUGGCUUUGCUUCAUAGCGAAACUUUCGGAUACAACCGGCAGUACUUCCAGGUCCUCUCCACCACAGCUGGUUUUGAGGAUGCUAUGACUGGCAAUGCGCUGAGCUUACUAAUUGAAGCAUUUGUCUUCAUUGGGGCGCAGAUUGUCUUGAUGUGCUCCAUGGGAUUCGACUUGGUGUACUUUGCAGGAAUUGCUGUUCGAGAGAACUAUUCGUAUUGGGUUUUUGCUUUGAGCACUUGUUGUGUAGCUUGGCUGACAGUGCUCAUUACUCAUGGUGGUCAUGACUUUGACUUCAUUAGAAGCCUUUUCUAGCUCCACUGGGAGCAUGGGAGACAGUUAUUGUAGAGUG